AAUGUUGAGAGAGACAAUUUCCUCCUGUUCCAGCUGACGUGCAUGUGACUAAGUUUAGAGAGUGUUCUUUAACAAGAAAACAGAGUCCCUUCGUCCACUAUUCCCUUUGGACCAUAUGAACGCUUGACAUGGGUUUACUCUACCUAAUACGACUUUAAUAUUUUAAGAGACUGUUUCCUUUGUCCUUCCUUGUUGUGUUACUGCACAGUCGAAUAUGUCGACAUGGAAAGAGAAAGUAAGGAGAGUUGUUACAGUGGAGCCGGUGAUUUUCCUCUACAUGACCAGCACUUUCAUCUUAACACCUGCAUAUCAACAGAUGAUUAUCACAAAGGUGUGUCUACAAUUGCUCAAGAAUGCUACUAUCUGCAGUAACCCUGAACACCACAAAGGAGACGAGGAGGUUCAGGCUACAGCCUCCUACAUCCUGCUUCUGUUCAACGUCACCCUCAGCUUGGUCUCCAUCCCUCCUGCCAUAAUGCUGGGCUCCUGGUCUGACCGCGCUGGCCGUCGCUGGGUCAUGGCUCUCCCGUCUGUGUUGUCCCUGUUGAGUGGGGGGUUGCUCUUGGCUGUAGACUUGUUGGAAAACAUCAGCGUUUACUGGACCCUGAUGGCUGCUGCCCUAACAGGCCUGACAGGUGGCCAUGUCUCCAUUUUCCUCAGCUCAUUCAGCUACCUGGCCGACCUGACCAUGGGCUCCAGCUCCAGUCGCACUUUACGUAUGGCAGUGGCCGAGUCCAUGAUCUUCGUUGGAGGCUCAGUGGGCUUCUUAUUGGGUGGAUUCUUGGAGCAAGAAUUUGGACUCAAGGCAGCAUUCGGGGCCUACAUUGGCUGCCACGUCCUGGUAGUGCUUUAUAUUGUGCUUUGGCUCAGAGACCCUACGAUGGGAAGAAAUACUUGUAUAGCUCCCUAUGAAGAGAAUACAGUUGAGCAAGGUUCUCAUUCAGACAAGUCCUGGCUGUUUGUCCUAAAAUACGCCAAGCUGUCUUUCAAAGCAGUGUUCAAGAGGAGGUCAGAGCAGGAGAGACUGAAAUUGCUCUUUCUCAUUCUCUGCACCUUCAUAAAUAACCUGGUGGCUGUUGUUUGGCAGGGCUUUGGUCUGCUGGUUCUGUUUCCUGUGCUGAUGAGGUGUAUGAAGGAUAUGACAUUAGCAAAACUCAGCGCUUUGUUCAGAAUCGCCUCUUACGUCAUACUCGCCCUCUCGAACAACACAUGGAUGGUCUUCCUUGUUGCUGUAGUCGGCGCUCCGUCUGGUAUCAGCCAAGCAGUGAUUCGUUCUUUGUCUUCUGCCAUCGUGGGACAUGAUGAACAAGGUGCCAUGUUCUCCUUCUCGGCCUCAGUGGAAGCGACCUGCAUCCUUAUUGCUGCUACGAUCUUUAAUGGGUUGUACCCCCUGACCCUGCCAACCUUUCCCGGGAUGCCCUUCAUCAUCAUGGCAGUCUUCACACUCAUAGUGCUCAUUCUCUUGCAGUGGAUUAGCGAGAUGCCAGCCACUCAUCCUCGACUUGUGCUUUCAGACUGAAUCUCCGCCUUCUGGGUUAUUCAAGUGGAUCCAUGAUUGGAUAUUGCACGCUUUUCUGUGGUGAACUGAUCUUCUCUAAAAGUCCUGAAAUCGUUUUUCAUUGUUUGUGAGGAACACAUCACUUACUAGCACAUAUUCCACCACAAACAAAAUUGUGUAAUUCAAAUGCAUUCACCUGUUGCACUUAAAACAGAUUCAUUUGUAAUAUAUGUAAGUACUGUAUAAUAAAAUAUACAAUUACAGAAUGAUAUCAUGCAGAAAAGGCUUUCCCUGAGUUCUUUGGAGAGCUAAAAAUGCAUUGCGGUCUGCCUGAGCAUGCGGUGAGAAAGCAUUAAUAACCUCUUAAUAAAAUUAGAACGGUUAAAGGUCAACUCCAGAAUUGGAUGAAGUAAAUGAGAAUCGCUGCCCUGAAUUGUUCUCCCCGAUAAGCCGUUUACAAUUACACUGAAAGGCCAGAAUCCUGGAAUCGUUCGACAAUUAAAUACAUUUCAUGCCAUUAAGUUGAGAUUUAAGUUGAGUUUAAAAGUAUUUCCUCCAUUUGCUGGCCCACAGACAUCUCUUUGUGGCUCUUCUUUCUCAGAACUCAGAGGACUAUGGGUUCUGCUGUCAACCACACAACUUCAGUCAAAGAUAGUCUGUUGGGGAAGGAACUAAAUAUGGAAGGAAAGAUUAAAUGGGAGGCUUGUUUAUGGACUGUUGAAAAGGUACAUUUCUUUUCCCAAACUUUACUCAAGACAAUAUAGCAUUUCCUUGAAUGACACUUCUUGUUGCAGCUUGUCCCAAUCAAAUCUGCCGCGUUAUGAUGUAAAACAUUGUCUUGAGGCUGCUUGAAAUUGACUGGCUGAUUGUGAUGG